AUGCAGCAGCACCCCAUGGCAGGCGCGGGCCAUAUUCCCGCUGCCGUGCCCAUGCAUCCUCCGCCGCGACGUGAAUAUGGCUACCCACAGCACCACCCGCAGCAGUACUAUCACCACCCGCCGCAGUCGCCCAUCCAGCCCGGCUACUACUAUCCACAUCCGCCGCCCGCAGCAUAUCGAUGGCAGCCUCCACCGUACCCACAGCCUCACGCCUAUCCGCCGCCGCAUAUCCAAGCUCAAUACCAGCCUAGAUCGCCCAUGGUCGUCAGCUCGGCGCCGCUUGCGCAGCCCAUGACCCCAGUCACACGACAGCCCGCACAAAUGACCGCGCCUCCGCAGGCUACCCAGUCACCGCGACCAAUUCCCCCUUACAUGCAUCAGCAGGCGCCCGCAGCUUCUCCUUCGCCAGCCCCGACUCCAUCAGCGCCGCCAAAGGCAGAAGAGCCUCGAGCACAGACACCAGGGGAGACAUCUACUGCUCAACCCGCACGCAGACCAUCUACCUCUCAGAAUCCUCUCUCUCUGCCACCAGAGCAUAAGCAGCCCUUUUGGCCGAAGCUACCGUGGUACUCCGUCCCUGAGCAUCAGCAGACCUUUCCUUCUCGUGCUCCCACGCGCCGACGCAGACGUAGGAAUCUGCGUGCUUCGAACAACGCCGUUGCGCUGCCUACAAGAGAAGAGCCGGUGGCAGAAGACGAGCCUCAACAAACAGAGUCACAGACAGCUUCUGCUGCGGAGCCUCCAUCCGAGACUUCUACCAUCGCCGCGCCUUCCGAGCCCGAAACCCCAGCCACAUCUCAAGCUCCCUCUGAAAGCGAUUUCACCCAAGUCUCCACACCUGCCACCCCUGCGCAAGCCCCGACCACCUCACCCAAACCUACACCAACACAACAGCAGCACGCGAGAAGAGAUACCCGCACAGCAAUUGCUGUACCGAACAUACCUGGCCUACCCAAGCCAAAAGAAGCUUCGCCGCCAGCGACUGUGAAGCCAGAUGCAGCGGCAAAGACCGAGGAAGAGAAGACACCCAAAGCGGCGGAAGAGCAGGAUGGAAGUGGGGAAACCGCGCCAACUGAGGCGGAGACUGUCCAAGAGACACCUGCACCGAAGCCAGCACCUAAGUCGUGGGCUGACUUGGUCCGCACCAAGUCCAAGCCAGGUGCAGCCGCCGCUACCACCAACGGCGAGGCCAUCACCAACGGCAUCCAAUUGCCAAAGACGGCGUCUCUCGCAGAUGCAUUGAAGCAGUACAACGUCCGGGGCGAUAUGAUGCUCCCAUUUCUCGAGCCAAAAGGGCUCGUAAACACCGGCAAUAUGUGCUAUAUGAAUUCGAUUCUUCAAGUUCUGGUCUUUUGCGUACCAUUCUACAACUUCCUAGAUCAGGUCCGGCAACGAACUGUGCAUUCGAUGAAGAGCGAUACCCCUCUAGUUGACGCAAUGAUUAUGUUUAUGAGAGAGUUCAAGGUUUUGGCAAGCGCGGAGUCGGCGGACGGAUUGAGGUCGAUGCUCAAGCAAGAACAGCUCGAGGAGUAUGGCGAACAGGUGACGCCUGAGUACGUUUACGAGGUGAUUAGAAAGCUGCCUCGGUUCGCGGGCAUGAGGAGGGGGCAACAGCAGGACGCUGAAGAGUUCUUGGGAUUCUUGCUCGAAGGUCUUCACGACGAAUGUGUCAAGGUCAUGCAGGGCCAAUCGGACGACAAACCACAGGAGAACGGCAUCGCAUCGCCAGAUACCGUCAUGUCACCAACGUCAGCUGAUGGCUGGCAAGAGGUUGGACCCAAGCAGAAAGCCGCUGUGACAAGGACUGCCGGCCAGGAAGACACCCCAUCCCCGAUCACGAAGAUCUUUGGUGGCUACUUGAGGUCCGAAUUCCGAGUUCCAGGCCUCAAGGACUCGGUCACGCUGGAACCUUACAAGCCGCUGCAGCUGGACAUCGGUUCCGCUCAGGUCAACAACAUCAUCGAUGCCUUGAAGGGACUCACUAGGACUGAGCAGAUGACUGGCGAGUUUGGUGGCAGAAGCAACAGUGCUAAGAAGCAGAUGUUCAUCGAUUCACUGCCGCCAGUCCUGAUCCUUCACCUCAAGCGCUUUCAAUACGACAGCAGCUUCACUGGAACGCAGAAGAUCUGGAAGAAAGUCGGUUACCCACUGGAGCUGGAGAUCCCUAAGGAGGUAUUUCCACCAGGCAAGCGCAACGGUCUUGGCGUCAAGAACCAGCCCAAAUAUCGUCUCACCAGCGUUGUCUACCACCAUGGCAAGUCGGCAGCGGGAGGCCACUACACUGUCGACGUCCUUCGCCAGGACAGUCGUGAAUGGAUCCGGAUGGAUGAUACCAUCAUUCGCCGGGUACGCGCAGAAGAUGUCGCCGAAGGCGGUGCCGAAGAAGACCCCAAGAUCCUCGCCAAAGCUCUCGAACAACACAAGGCGGACUCCGAUCUGCAAAAGCAGCGCAACAUGUACCAAGGACUUGACGAGGCCGAGAAGGAGCCUGAAGAAGAGAAACCAUGGUCUGAGGUCAAUGGCAGCACCAAUGGUCAUGCGAAGAAGUGGAGCGGUGCAGCCAUUACGACGAAUGGCACGAGCACGCCCACGAGCACAACCGGCAAGAGAACCCCAACCGCUAAGAAGGAAGGCGUGCGCGAUAACAAGGUCGCCUACAUCUUGUUGUAUGAGCAGAUCCGGGAGUGA